UUCUUCCUGAAAGGUUAGGCCACGGUUAGGCUUUCUCCGCGAGCCAUGCUUCGGCUGGUGCUGGCGCUGAGCCUUGCGCUGGCACAGGAGUGCCCGUUAGGCGAGGGCACCUGCAGCAGUCAGCCGACCACAGGCCUUCUUCCUGUGCCUGAGUGCGAAGAAGACUUGGAGUUGAAGGACUUCGUCGAACGGGGCAAGGCUUUGUGUAAUCCUCGGCACCUGCCGGAGAGCCUGCGGCCACCCAAGAAGGUCGCGGGCUUGUACUGGCUGAAGGGACUUCCACUGCCCGAUGUUGCAGCAUGCUUCAGCACUGGAGAGUGGAACCAGGCCACCUUGACCUUGAAACUCAUGGUUUGGAAGGACUUCUUUUUCAAGAACGACUUCACCGGCCGCAGCCUGGCUGCGUCGGUCUACCAGACCGGGGCCUACUACCUGGUGAAGUACAAGGACGAGACGCUCUCAGAGGCAGACAUCACGCCACAUGCCUCGCGAUUGGCUUCGCCGGCAGCCCUGGCCUUUGCUGCUAUCAGUUCUUUUCCGCUCGUGGAGCAGACUGGCCUUACAACACCUGGCAGCCGCUACACUCGGCCCUCCUACUUCGGCAUUGCGGACUACAAGGUCCUGACCAGCGAGUACGAGGCUUGGAAGAUCCUCGAUGCGGAUCUGCAGCCUGUUCCUGAUAACGUGGCCACGAUGAUGAAGCUUCUGCCCAAGAAGAUCGGGGACAAGCACGUAGUGAAAUACUCCGAGGGACCCUGCGGUGAAAAGUCCCAAGAUUCUCGAACAGGCGAUGGAAGCUGCCAGGGCUUCUUCCUGGAGCUUGCGAGGCAGCCACAGCUGGGGCUGCUCCAUGAAGAGAAGGAGUUGAAGAUUGCGCACGUGACGACAAAAGGCUGCCACGCAGAGUACUCCGUGAUUUGCCUGGAGGGCGUCUACGAGGUGAAGGAGUCCCACGUCUGCACCAGCGGCACCUUCGAGGGACCUGCAGCAAAGAGCAUCCAGCACAGCUGGGAGCUUUGCUCUUCUCAGGAUCAGAAGGUUAACCUGCUAAGCUCUGUCGUGGACUUGACCUGGGAUGUGGAGAUUCCGCCGAACACACGAGUUGAAGGCUGUGUGCGCAUCUCUUUGGCGGAUGAGUACCCCGAGCUCAGCAAGGUGCGAGGCACUAUGGAGCAGCAGCGGCAGGCACUCGUGGCCAAGAAGAAGGAAGUGGGUGGCUGCCCGACCUUCCGCACCACCAGCGACCGCCUGGCCAGGGCCAGCGACUUUGAAGGCAGCGGUUUGACGGGCGUGGUGUCCAGGCAGUACCUGAAGCUGGUGCAGAAGGAGUUGUCUACACGAGCUCGGCUUUGGACACAUACAUCACCCUUGAGCAGCAACGAGUCCUGGAUGGACUCAACCAUCCACACGGCCUCUUUGGCCACCUUCCUGCCCUACUUCGCGAACCGCACCACGGCUUUCUCCAUGUGCGCGGCCCUGAACUGCGGGGAGCCCACGCCCUUCAUCGACGGGCCCAUGAAGUUCCGCUACGACCAGGUGGCGACCGCUCAAGCAGAUCCUGCGCAGCCGCGGGUCUACUCCAUGUGGUCCACGCCUCCCACAGAGGAGUGCCAUCACUGGACGUUGCCCCUCUUCCUGAGCUCGGGCUCCAAGGAGCACAGGCAGUGGCGCAUGUUGCUGGAUGAGGCGGGCUUCGAGACCAUGCACACCCAGGACUUGACUGAGGCAGCCACGCUGCUCGAUGCUGCGUGGUUGGAGAAGCUGCGUCAUGCUCUCGGAAUGAAGUCGCUCCUCCCGGCGCCCACAGAGUUGGAGGUGGGAAGGAUCGUGGUCCAACUGGUCUUCGAGGGCAUUUGGCGUAAGAAGAUGUCCUUCAAUGAGGCCUACGCUAUCACGCCCUACCUGGAGUUCGGGAAGAUGUGCAUCUUCGGAAAGCGCGGCAAGCACAUGGGCCUCGUACAGCCCUUGGCUUUGGCCGGGAUCAAGCGAGUGGCGCUCGCCUUCGCUCGUGACUCCCCCACGGCCGAAAAGCUCUUCAAGCUCAUCCAGCUCCCCAAGUACUCCAAUCUAAAGACCUUGCUGGAGUCCUCAAAAAAGCCGCUGAAUGACAUCCUUUUGCAAGACGUAAUGGACGCGUCGCUCUUCGCCGGUGUCUUGGGCACCACAGACCUUGCCACAAAGUGCGUGAAGUCCCAGUUCAAGGAUGGAAAUCAUGUGACGAUGUUCCGGAAGGAUGCCAGUGCCUACUUGCACGAGCUCAUGCGAACAGAUGCGGCCGUGGGUCAAUUCACCACCGCUCUGACGAAGGAUGAAACCUGGAAUCUGGAAGGCCACAAGGUGCCAUUCCCAGCGGAUCAGGCUGUGACCAUGAGCUUAGUCACUGCCAACAGAGAUCCCCGCGUUUUCCCGGAUCCUGAUGUGUUUGACCCUGAUCGCGAAGAGCUUGGUGAGAUGCUAACCUGGAAUGGGAAGCUGAAGCACGUUAUGGCGCGGAACUACACCGGAGCACCGCGCUUUUGCCCUGGCUACCACUUGUCCAUGAAGGUGGCAAAAGAUGUAUGUGCACAGAUGACGAAGGACUUGAGUGCCUGGGGCGGCGAUGCUGGCGAGCACAAGAAGAUCGAGGGUCUUGUGAAGAUCAAGGCUGCUGGCUAUCAUGGGAAGGAAGCUUCCGUGGCCUACUACGACUUCCACAAGGAGAAGCACUGUGUCACGGACAAGCAUCACCAUGAUGAGUACAUCGGCUGCUUUGCUGCUGAGGAUUUGGAGGUGCUGGAUCCCAACGGCGGCCGUCCCAAAACGUUAGAGGAGGAGUACAACAUGUGCCCAGCGCUGGUACCCGCCAUGAUGCAGAUGAUGCUGCACGUGCUGGCCCAGCAGGUGGAAACGCAGUCCACCGUAGGUUGGAUCAUCAGCCGCUUGUUGGGCAAGCAGCCGACGUCGGAGAACUUCCACCGGGACUGGUCUGAUGACUUCACCAUGGGCUUGUACGCUGGCAUCAACUUGAUCGCUAUGCCGAUGUACGCCUCCCGCCACUCUGACUCUGUCUUCAUCCCUCGCCGCAAGGGCAGCGUGGAGGUCUUCUCCGUGGGCAGCGUGGCGGCACCAGAUGUGGACAUUGACCAUCCCAAGUUCGUGCCCGUGGAGUGGUACAUCCCCCAGCCGCUGCUGGACUAUGGCAUGCUGCCCGGCAUGACCUGCUUCCACGGCUUCCUGCGGCAGCUGCCCUGGGACGACAUGCUGGAGGACGAGCGCAACACCUGGGACCUGGUUAUGAACCUCAGUCAGCGGUCCUACCUCAGGAAGGAGGAGUGGGUUAUGAGCUUUUACAAGGGCUACAAGACCCAUGACGGCAAAGACAACUGGCCCGAGAGGGAGGUGGACUUUGCAAAGAUGUACUGGAAGCGCGAUGAGUGGGAUGACGGUCUAGAGAAGGCGAUCGCCUUUGGACUCAUCGGGUCCCAUCGCCUGGAGCACUUGAAUCCACCCGUGGACUUCGGGGGGGAGAGCUUGCCGUUUGUGAUCCGCCUCAACAAGUUCCGUGGGCUUCCAGUGAGGAAGGGCUUCGGCAAGUAUGAGGGCGACCUGCACUUCACCAAAGAUGGCUACCCGGCCAUGAUGGAGCUGGCUGAUGGCACGCGGGUUGCGCGUGGGGACAAGGACUGGCAGUACUGGAAGUUUGCCUGGAGGUGCUCACUAAUCACGGUCAUCACGCUGACGGACCACCUACACAUGACUCACUUCCGAUCAGGCAAUGUGCUGGCCACUGCGACCCGCAAGACACUCUCGCCGAACCAUCCUCUCAGACGGUUGCUUUCGGUGUUUACCUUUGGGACCAUUUUCAUCAAUCUGCAGGCUAUGCACACGCUCAUCGGCCCCCGGCACGUCUUGCACCGGUCCACGCCCUUUGUGCAGUUCGAAGACCUCAGCGACGCCGUGCCCAAGAAUCUGCUGCCCUUGACAGAAAAGCACAAGGCACUCCUCCGAGAAGAGGAGUGGAAUAAGCUGCCUGCGAAGGUACAAGAAACUCCUUACUAUGCGGACGGCAAGCUCUUGUUCAAUGCAGAGAGGCAGCUCCUCAAGGAGUUCAGGGAGCUCUACAGCUACGGCCGCCUGGGCUUCUGCGACAAGCAGGACCAGGUCACCGGACCCGAGCUGCGGAGCUUGCUGAACGAGCUGGUGGCUGAGAACUCGCGGUCUCACUAUGCCAGCUCCCUGAACUCCAACGCCACCUGCACCCAGUUUUUUGAGGAGAUCCUCAUGUCCUACGUUUGGACAGUGACAGGAUGGCAUCGUCACGUCGGCACUGUGGGUGAUUACUACAGGGAUCCGGAGCUUGCAUCCUUCAGCUGGCGCGAGGGUGAGCGCUCUGCGAGGCCCUUGCAGCACAUGCAGAUGACCACAGUGGCAGUAUUUACCUCGGCUUUGCAGCCGAAGCUCAUUGAGGACUACAGCCAUGUUUUCCAGGGAGUUCACAAGGAAGAGCAGAUGUUGCAGAUCUUGGACCGCUUCAAAUCGCAACUGCACAAAAUCUCGGAAGAGGUGGAGAAGCGUAAUCAGAAGCGCAUCCACGACCCAGACAUGGGUUUUAAGAACAUUCAUGCUGAUCCCAAGAUCGUUGAAUGCUCGGUGGCUGUUUGAUUUUGCGCGCAGAGCUGCAUUGGCAUCUCUCGCUUGGAAUUUAUGCGCACAAUGCGCUUGGUCGCUACUUGUAUCUUCCGAACAGUGGUUUAAGACUGAGCUGGACCUGUGGUAAAGCGCUUGCUUUCCGCCCUGUGUGUCUCAUCCCCCCGUUUUGUUGCA